ACCGGUUACGAGUUUGUUGCUUAUGAGAAGAACAGGCACAGGCUCACAGUGUAAUACCGCCCUGUUGCUAAAUUAUCUUCAGUACAGAGCACAUUUCUUAAUUAUGGUUAACUUUGUUCCGUAAAAUGAACCGGACUGAAAAUAAUACUAAACUCGCCGUGAAUGUUGUUGCGGAAUUCACAUCCUAGUGGUCCUCAUAUGAAGCAACUAGCUCGUAUAGUCUUCAUCACAGAGGAAUAGUGUGGCUGGCCAGUCAACGACCUUUUUUCCAUUUCGCCAGAAAGCGUAUUCAAACAGGCACCAACGAUACUGGAUCAUAAACAGAAUUUUAGCAACUCUGGCUGGCAGGAAAAACCCACCUUCUUACUCCUUAAUACUUGGACUUUAGAGCUCUAUGCCAGCAAAUAUGACAAUGUUAGCCGACCAUGCAGCCAGACAGCUGCUGGACUUUAACCAGAAACUGGAUAUCAACCUGCUAGAUAAUGUGGUCAACUGCCUGUACCACGGGGUUGGGCCACAGCAAAGAAUGGCCCAGGAGGUGCUGACUCAUUUGAAGGAGCACCCAGAUGCUUGGACACGUGUUGACACCAUUCUGGAGUUCUCUCAGAAUAUGAACACCAAAUACUAUGCUCUGCAGAUUCUGGAAACUGUUAUUAAAACAAGAUGGAAGAUUCUGCCCAGAAACCAGUGCGAAGGCAUUAAAAAGUAUGUUGUGGGCCUCAUUAUAAAGACAUCAUCAGAUGCAGCCAGUGUUGAGAAAGAGAAGGUGUACAUUGGAAAACUCAACAUGAUAUUAGUACAGAUCCUGAAGCAGGAAUGGCCGAAACACUGGCCCACAUUUAUCAGUGACAUUGUUGGAGCAAGCCGCACCAGUGAGAGCCUUUGCCAGAACAACAUGAUCAUUCUAAAGCUCCUUAGUGAGGAGGUAUUUGACUUCUCCAGUGGUCAGAUGACACAGGUGAAAGCCAAACACCUGAAGGACAGCAUGUGCAACGAGUUCUCUCAAAUUUUCCAGCUGUGCCAGUUUGUGAUGGAAAAUUCACAGAAUGCCCCUCUGGUGCAUGCUACUUUAGAGACUCUGCUGAGGUUUCUCAACUGGAUUCCGUUGGGAUACAUUUUUGAAACCAAACUCAUCAGUAGUCUGGUGUACAAGUUUUUAAACGUGCCGAUGUUCCGCAACGUGACGCUGAAGUGCUUGACUGAGAUCGCAGGAGUUAGCGUCAGUCAAUAUGAGGAGCAGUUCGUCAGUCUCUUCACUCUGACCAUGAUGCAGCUCAAACAGAUGCUUCCCCUGAACACCAACAUCCGGCUGGCAUAUGCAAAUGGUAAAGAUGACGAGCAAAACUUCAUUCAGAACCUCAGCCUGUUCCUCUGCACUUUCCUCAAAGAGCACGGACAGCUGAUAGAAAAGAGAUUGAACCUCAGAGAGACUCUCAUGGAGGCUCUGCAUUACAUGUUGCUGGUGUCAGAAGUGGAGGAGACUGAGAUCUUUAAAAUCUGUUUGGAGUACUGGAACCAUCUGGCAGCUGAGCUGUACAGAGAGAGUCCCUUCUCCACCUCCACAUCUCCUCUCAUUUCAGGGAGCCAACACUUUGAUGUACCACCCCGCAGACAACUGUACUUGCCUGUGCUGUCUAAGGUGCGCUUGCUGAUGGUGAGCCGCAUGGCCAAGCCAGAGGAAGUUCUGGUGGUGGAGAACGAUCAGGGCGAGGUGGUUCGAGAGUUCAUGAAGGACACAGACUCCAUCAAUCUCUACAAGAACAUGAGGGAGACACUUGUCUAUCUGACCCAUCUGGACUAUGCUGAUGCAGAGCGCAUUAUGACAGAGAAACUUCACAAUCAAGUGAACGGUACUGAGUGGUCCUGGAAGAACCUCAACACGUUGUGUUGGGCCAUUGGUUCCAUCAGUGGAGCCAUGCAUGAGGAGGAUGAGAAGAGGUUCCUCGUCACAGUUAUUAAGGACCUUCUGGGUCUAUGCGAGCAGAAGAGAGGCAAGGACAACAAGGCUAUCAUUGCCUCUAACAUCAUGUAUAUAGUGGGCCAGUACCCACGAUUCCUACGUGCGCACUGGAAAUUCUUGAAGACUGUCGUCAACAAAUUGUUUGAGUUCAUGCACGAAACCCACGAUGGAGUGCAGGACAUGGCAUGUGACACAUUCAUAAAAAUCUCUCAGAAGUGUAGGAGGCAUUUUGUGCAGGUACAGGUGGGAGAGGUGAUGCCCUUUAUUGAUGAGAUUCUCAACAACAUUAACACCAUCAUAUGUGAUCUGCAACCCCAGCAGGUGCAUACAUUUUAUGAAGCUGUCGGCUAUAUGAUUGGAGCGCAAACUGACCAGGCUGUGCAGGAACACCUUAUAGAGAAGUACAUGUUGUUGCCUAACCAGGUGUGGGACAGCAUCAUUCAGCAGGCCACCAAGAAUGUGGACAUCCUGAAGGACCCAGAGACUGUGAAGCAGUUGGGCAGCAUUCUGAAGACCAAUGUCAAAGCAUGUAAAGCAGUAGGACACCCUUUUGUUAUUCAGCUGGGACGAAUCUACUUGGACAUGCUCAAUGUAUACAAGUGCCUAAGUGAAAACAUCUCGGCUGCAAUCCAGACAAAUGGUGAGAUGGUGACGAAGCAGCCUCUGAUCCGGAGCAUGCGCACAGUGAAGAGAGAGACGCUGAAGCUGAUCUCAGGCUGGGUUAGCCGCUCCAAUGACCCACAGAUGGUGGGGGAGAACUUUGUUCCUCCACUGUUGGAUGCUGUGCUCAUUGAUUACCAGCGCAAUGUCCCGGCAGCAAGAGAACCGGAAGUGCUCAGCACCAUGGCAACAAUUGUUAACAAACUGGGUGGACACAUUACUGGAGAGAUUCCACAGAUAUUUGAUGCAGUUUUUGAGUGCACAUUAAAUAUGAUCAACAAAGAUUUCGAGGAGUACCCAGAGCACAGGACACAUUUCUUCUACCUGCUGCAGGCGGUGAACUCUCACUGUUUCCCAGCAUUCCUGGCCAUCCCACCAGCACAGUUUAAACUUGUGCUUGACUCAAUUAUAUGGGCCUUUAAACACACGAUGAGAAAUGUGGCAGACACUGGCCUCCAGAUUCUCUACACGCUGCUGCAGAAUGUGGCACAGGAAGAGGCAGCAGCACAGAGCUUCUAUCAGACAUACUUCUGUGACAUUCUUCAGCACAUCUUCUCUGUCGUCACAGAUACAUCACACACAGCUGGUUUGACAAUGCAUGCUUCUAUCCUGGCAUACAUGUUUAACCUUGUUGAGGAAGGAAAAAUCAGCACAACUUUGAACCCCUCAAACCCAGUCAACAACCAGGUGUUCAUCCAGGAGUAUGUGGCCAACUUGCUAAAAUCAGCUUUCCCACACUUACAGGAUGCCCAGGUGAAAGUGUUUGUGACUGGCCUGUUCAGUUUAAACCAAGACAUCCCAGCAUUCAAAGAACACUUGCGGGAUUUCCUUGUGCAGAUCAAGGAAUUUGCGGGUGAGGACACCUCUGAUCUGUUUCUGGAGGAGAGAGAGGCCUCGCUGCAUCAGUCCCAGGAGGAGAAACACAAACUUCAGAUGUCUGUGCCUGGCAUCCUCAACCCUCACGAAAUACCUGAGGAGAUGUGUGACUGAGUUCACACAAACAUUCACACCACACACACUGUACUGACUCCUAAACAUACUAAUCACACAACUAAAGCAGUGUUGUGGCGGCGCUUCUGUGCGCCAUCUGUGUGUUUUCUAGUAAGUGUGCGUGUGAACUCUUUUGGCUCUUCCUGUAAGGAGGUGAUUUCCGCACUUGGCUGUCUCUUGACCAAAACAAGGGCAAUCUGUACAUGAUACUGUCACCCAGUGGCCCUGUUUGCAUUGUUUCUGUUUCAUAAAGACACUUUAUUGUAUUAGCUUUCCAUUGUUAACAGCUUAUGUUUGGUCAGCGCUGCAUGAAGUGUCACAUCUGUACAAUCAUUUCUUGCUUACAUGCUUUUUUUUCUGUCUGCCUUUCCCCUCCAGUCCUGUCCUCUCUUUCCACACAUCAUGUAUGUGUUCAUGUACAGUAUAUUAUAAAGACCAGAGUGCGGUUUGUUGUGUUGGCAGAGAGCUUUGUGUGUUCUGGCAGUGGGCAGAUGUACCUAGUGUCAGCCCGUGCCCGAUUGCAGCCAAUGAGCUUCACACCUUUUCCAGCCCAUGAGAAUGUUGAUGAAUGGCAGUGAUUGUUGAGGUCGCAGAGUUGCUGUGUUGCUCACUGGCUUAGGUUUUGUGGUCCGUGUGUGUGUGUGUGUGUGUGAGGAGCCAAGAGACGUUUGGGACUAAAGAAUGUUUAUGCUUUCUGAAGAGAGCAGUAGAAUGUGAACUUGAAUGGAUCACUGAGUGAAUGGUCUGAUCGAUGCUGCUGUGGUUGUGAGUGGCGUUUGGGUCCAUUUAUACCCGCAACUCUGUGGCGUGAAAGCUCUCUGUUUUCUUUUCUAGGCGGGAGUGUUCAGCAGCCCUCUACUUGUUCAUAUCAGCAUAAUUGUACAGCAUCUUUACUACCAUGGGAACAUACAGACGUUUGGUCCUGUUUCGAUGUGGGUGUGUGAGCGUGCGCGUGUUGUCACUAUGCCGACAUCAGGUUUUUUUGUUUUCCUCAAUGAGGAUGGUUGCUCCUUUUGUAAGCUUUCAUUAAAUUGAAGUUUUAAAAAAAGUGGUUAAAAUAUUUAUGGGGUAUUGUAGGCUAAACCUUUACCUGGAGUUUUUUUGAAUUGUACUAAUUUACAUUGUUUACCAUGCUGUAGUGCUGCAGGACACUACCUUGAGCAAAAUAAAUCUCAGUUUACAUGUAAUUUUAUAUUUUUGCAUUUUUCAUUUGUAUCCUUUUGAGUCCUGUCCAAAUAAGGCAAAAGGGUUUUAGUCAGAGAGCAUGGAAAUGCCAACAUUCUCAUUAGGAAAAGAAUGUAUCAAUCUAAAUACUGAUAAUCAAUGGUUAAUUCCCCUUUACAAUGCAUUGCAUUUGUUGUGAAACUUUUUGAACUGAUUAAAGUUAAUGAAUUGUAUAA